UGGUUAUGGGUUGCGGGCCGCCUCCAGACACGCCCCACCAAUCCGGUGCCCGUGCCUUCCUAUUAGAUCUUCCCUCACCAUCCCCUCACGUGUGCGGUAAACCGCGUGAAUGCGUUGAUGACACAGUCCAAUAAUGACCACCAACGCCGACCCUCCAGAAGGGAUUCAGCACUACGACUCCGCCACAGAUGUUCCCUUUGAAGUCUCCAAAUACUGGCACCAACGCUACAACAUCUUCUCCAAAUACGACGACGGCAUCUGGAUGACCGACUCUGCCUGGUUCGGCGUAACACCGGAACCCGUCGCCACCCGUAUCGCCGCCGAUAUAGCGAGACUAGCGCCGCCCUCCAAGACCGUGCUGGUAGACGCCUUCUGCGGAGCCGGUGGCAACACGAUCGCCUUCGCACUUUCGGGCCGCUGGAAGCAAAUCUUCGCUGUUGAGAAGGACCCGAAAGUCUUGGCGUGCGCGAAGCACAACGCUGAAGUCUACGGCGUCGCGAAGAAGAUCUUCUGGAUUCAGGGAGAUGUCUUCGCGGAGCUGCCCAAGCGGUUGAAGCAGGCGGGCAAGAACGCCGUCAUCUUUGGCAGUCCGCCUUGGGGAGGUCCGACUUAUGCGGACUACGAAGUCUACGAUCUCAGUGUCAUGCAGCCGUAUUCGCUGCUUGAUAUCUACAAGCCAUUUGCCGCAAUCUCCAAGGACGUAGUGCUGUACCUGCCCCGGACAUCGGAUCUACGACAACUUGCUCAGCUUGCGAAGCCGGGUGAGAGGCUCAAGGUCACGCACUACUGCAUGUAUGGCGCCAGCAAAGCCCUGUGCGUCUUCUUUGGCAGCCUGAACGGCGGGUGAGGGCUAGAUUCCGUGACUUGACGGGCCUCUUGCCGUCAAGCCUGUCGUCAAUUAGAAACCAUGAAGGUGGCUCAUCCCAAUGAGGACCUCCAGUCUACCGACAACUAUCCCCAUCGACAUGCUCAUGGUACCUCAA